AUGCUAUUCACCAUGCUAUUCACCCUGCUAUUCACCCUGCUAUUCACCAUGCUAUUCACCAUGCUAUUCACCAUGCUAUUCACCCUGCUAUUCACCAUGCUAUUCACCAUGCUAUUCACCCUGCUAUCCACCCUGCUAUCCACCCUGCUAUUCACCCUGCUAUUCACCAUGCUAUUCACCAUGCUAUUCACCCUGCUAUUCACCCUGCUAUUCACCAUGCUAUUCACCAUGCUAUUCACCCUGCUAUUCACCAUGCUAUUCACCAUGCUAUUCACCCUGCUAUCCACCCUGCUAUCCACCCUGCUAUUCACCCUGCUAUUCACCAUGCUAUUCACCAUGCUAUUCACCAUGCUAUUCACCAUGCUAUUCACCAUGCUAUUCAUCAUGCUAUUCACCAUGCUAUUCACCAUGCUAUUCACCAUGCUAUUCACCCUGCUAUUCACCAUGCUCUUCACCAUGCUCUUCACCAUGCUAUUCACCAUACUAUUCACCAUGCUAUUCACCCUGCUAUUCACCAUGCUCUUCACCAUGCUAUUCACCCUGCUAUUCACCAUGCUAUUCACCAUGCUAUUCACCCUGCUAUUCACCCUGCUAUUCACCAUGCUAUUCACCAUGCUAUUCACCAUGCUAUUCACCAUGCUAUUCACCAUGCUAUUCACCAUGAUCAUACUGUCCCACAGCUUAGCUUAUACUCUGCCUUCAAAACGCAUUCACACCCCUUGA